CUUCACGCGCAUCCCAAAAGUUUUAUAUCUAUAUGUACACAUAGAUAUCCACGCGGUCAUGCAGACACUCCGGCGCCUACUGUCAUCACUACCCUCCAAUUUCCAACUUAUUUACAUACCAUGCCGACAUACUCUUCCUUACUUGGUUGCACGAGGGAUGGGCAAACCUGUCAUUUCGGCCAAUGUCAUGAACUCGGUCACUCUCUGUUUGGAACUGCCAACCUAUAUAUAUGCCAACUAUAUGCACAAACCACUCAGCAGUGAACUUUGCAGCACACAAAGUUUACGUAUUCAAACAACAGAUAUCAUAAGCAGAGAACUUUUGCAUUACUUGCUGGCUAUGAAGAGAGAAAGAGAGGAGGGAGAACUGGAGGACAUGGAUACUGCUAAUUGUCUCAUGCUACUUUCUCGAGUAGGUGAAAUCGUCCUGAAGAAACACCCAGGGGCAGCGGGAAGGGUGUAUGCUUGUAAAACUUGCAAUCGAGAAUUUCCAAGUUUCCAGGCACUGGGAGGCCACAGGGCGAGCCACACGAAGCCCAGCCUGGAGAUUAGCACCGGACAUCAUCCCCAAGGGCCCAAAGCGUCAGAUCCACCGUCCGAGCCAAAGGCACACAGGUGCUCGAUAUGCGGCCUCAAGUUUCCCAUUGGGCAAGCCCUUGGUGGUCACAUGAGGCGCCACAGAGCUGAGAUCUUGAAGAAACUGGUGGCUCCUCGGUCAUUCCCAGCCAUGAAGAAAUCAACUAACAAGAGGAUCCUGUGUCUGGAUUUGAAUCUAUCGCCUUUCGAGAAUGAUCUGAGAUUGGAGUUGGGGAAGAUUUCAUCAUGUACAGUGGAUUUAGCUACCUGAGGUCUCUGGAAAUUCCAGCUUUUGCUAGAACCUUUCCUUUACGUGGGAUUUUGUAGUCAUUGCACAGACUUAAUAUAUUGAUUUUAUUCUAUAUACAAUUAUCUAGAUCUUUUCCUU